AUGGCCCAGCUCCGCCUCACCGACUUCUUCGGCCGCACGAAGGCGGCCACCGGAGCCCCGGCCAAGCGCGGCGGCGGCCGCCGGCUGAAGGCGGCCCUUGCCGGUCCCCCGGUGCCCCGGGAGGCGGAGGAGGACGGUGCCCCGGCGGGACUCAGCGCCCACCCGCCGCCGCUGCCCGGCUCGCCGCGCACCCCGGCCCGCGGUGGCUCCCCGGCGGUGCGGGGGCUGGCGGGCAGGAAGCGGAGCCGCCGUGAGAUGGAAGCGGAGCCGCCGGCCGGGGCCCGGCCCGGGGAGCCGAACGGGAAGUCGGCGCGGAAGAGGCUGGAGCUGCACCGGGAUGCGGAGCCGGGGCCGCCGGCCGCGGCCACCAGCCCCUCGCCUCUGGCCACUGCUCGGCCCCCGACACCGCCCUCGCUGGACCUGGCAGCGGACCCCCCAGCCAGCACCACCCGCUCCCCCGGCCGGGGGCAGGAUGGGGGGACGCAGCCCAGCACAGCCCCCCCAGGGACAACCAGGCGCUUGCAGCGGGAGGACCUGGCCGGGCUGCGGUGCCGGUUGCAGAGGGUGAAGGCGCUGGCCCAACUGGCCCAGUUGCCACCAGUCCCCGCCGGGGCCAGCCCUGACCUGCGGAGCCGCUUGGAGCAAGUGCGGCAACUGGAGCUGAGGAUCCGUGAGAAGAAAGCGGGAAGCGGAGCCACGCCAGGAGCGCAGCCAUCCGGGGACACCAAGGCGUCAGCUCCUGCGGCAGAGGCCGGCGAGAAGGCCCCCGCGUACCAGCGGUUCCACACCCUCGCACAGGACCUGCCCCCGGGGCUGACGCUGCCCUACAAGUUCAAGGUGCUGGCGGAGAUGUUCCGCAGCGUGGACACCAUCGCCGGGAUGCUCUUCAACCGCGCCGAGACCAUCACCUUCGCGAAGGUCAAGCAGGGGGUGCAGGACUUGAUGCGCAAGCAGUUUGAGGAGCGGCACGUGGGGCAGAUCAAGGCGGUAUACCCCACUUCGUACAGGCUGCGCCAGGAGAAGAACAUCCCCACCUUUGGCAAUGGCGUGAAGAAAUCUGACUACCAGCUCACGCUGGAGCCGGUGCUGGGGGAAGAGGAGAAAGUGGACGGCCGCCCGCACUUGUCGGCGUCGCGCUUGCUGGAGCGCAGGAAGGAGUUCAACCGCAACCUGGUGAACAUCGUCAAGCAGCACCACAAGGCGUUCCUGGCCGCCCUCAGCCCUCCCAUGGUGGUGCCGGAGGAGAAGCUGACCCGCUGGCAUCCCCGCUUCAACGUGGACGAGGUGCCGGACAUCAGCCCGGCGGAGCUGCCGCAGCCGCCCCAGGAGGACAGGCUCACCACGGCCCAGGAGGUGCUGAGCACGGCUCGGGGGAUGCUGACCCCCAAGAUGGAAAAAGCUCUUGCCAACCUGGCCUUAAGAACCGCUGAAGCCGGUGCGGGGGAACCGGUGGUUUCCAAAGCACCGUCCCCUGCCAGCACCUCCAGUGCUCUGAAGGGGGUGUCCCAGGCCCUGCUCGAGAGGAUCCGGGCAAAGGAGGCGCAGAAGCUGCAGGCGCUGAUGACGCGGGACCCGCGGCAGGAGGAGCGGCUCGCCAUGCUGGGGCGGCUGCCGGCCAUGGCCCGUAUCCUGCGCAACGUCUUCGUGGCCGAGAAGAAGCAGGCGCUGACCAUGGAGGUGGCUUGUGCCCGCAUGGCCGACAGCUACGACGUGCAGAUGCCUCCCGGCGAGAUGGAGAAGCACUUGCGCCUCUUCGCAGAGCUGCUGCCCGACUGGGUGGGGAUCCACGCCAUCAGGACGGACACCUACAUCAAACUGGACAAAGGGAAGGACCUCAGCCUCGUCGUGGAGAGGCUCACCAAGGCGGCAAAGGAGGCAGAAGCCCUCUGAGCCCCUCAAGGGUCGAGGCUUCCCCCCUGCAAUCUCCUCUAAAUGUAGCAAAUCCCGACUGUGCCCCGGGAUCUGAUGUGGGCUGAUGGGAAGCUCAUCCUCAGGGAUGUUUGAGGAAGAGCAAAACGCCUUAAAUUAACCGAUUCCUCUGCCAGGGUGUGUGAGGACCGUAGCUCCCCUAACCCUGGAGCUGAAAGCGGGCAGUCCUGCGUCCUGGGGUGACGAUGCAAGCGGUGGAGGGGAGCGAGUAACCUCUUCUUGGCUUUGAUGUGUUCUCCUGACAGUUUGAUGCAGGAGGUUUCUUCCUUUAACCGGGCCCUGGUGGGGUGGAGGCAGGACUGGGCAGGGUGAGAGGAUGACAGGCACGAAGGAGUGAGAGAAGAAGUGCAAAUCGAUGUUUUUUGGAGCUCUGGGCCUCGUUCUGUUUUUAAG